AUGUCUGCUAAAACAUCACUCAUCUCAUCACUGUUUGUGUGGUUUUUAAGCAAAUAUUUGCUGACCGAUAAAUCAGUUAUACGAAGGCCUUUAGUAUUAAGUUUGUUGCCAUCAAAUGAGACAAAUCAACGAAAUAGCAAUCAUCGAUACAAUCAUCACUUGUUUAAGUUAUCAAAUAAUAACCACAAACUGUUUGAUGACGAUCUGAACAAACUGUUUGCCAAAAAUGCAUUUCAUCACCGGUUCUUCAAUUCAAAUAACCACUUGAGUGGUAAUAGUAAUAGUAGUCAUCAUUGGAUAUAUAAAUCAAAAUUUACGAGAAGUGUUACUAAUUCAGAGGUAAUCGACAACAUUGGUGGAAGUGGAGGUCCGACCUUUGAUGAGGAACCCAGCGAUUCAUAUAUAGUCCGAAGCAAAUCUGCAAUUCUUCGCUGCAAAACAUUGAAUGCUUUGAAGGCAUGGUUUGCAUGCAAUACGGAAGAUGAGAGAGUCAUUCAAGACAAGCAAAUCGGCCACAAUUAUGUCGAUCCGCAAACUGGUAUCAGAAUUAUUGAACUAGAAUUAGAGGUAACCAGGAAUGACAUCGAAGAGCACGCAAAGGCUGGUUAUACCACACCAUACCAGUGUUGGUGUAAUGCCUACGGCGGACAUCAAUCGAUACUCAGUCGACGCGCAUCCAUCCUAUUCUCGUACUUACGAAAGCACUUCAUCAAUGAACCGCUUUCGCAUACUGUAGGCCUGAGCUCACAAACUAGUUUUACUUGUUUGCCUCCCGAAGGAGACCCCAAACCCACACUAUUUUGGUUAAAAAACGGAGAGAGAAUAAAUGCGAGCACUGGUGGCUCACAGAUCUGGGAGGAYUCAUCCGCGUCGACUGCCGAUGAUUUAAUACCCGAAAACAUGUCAUCGAUUGACCACAAAAAUUAUUUCAUUGGACACGACUCGUCACUGAUUAUUAAAGAAGUGUCAAUCAAAGAUCAGGGCAAUUAUACCUGUGCUGUACGCAAUCCAGCCGGUGUACGGUAUAGUGAGCCGGCACAGUUACUAGUUUUUGUGAACGGCGGUUGGAGCAGUUGGGGUGCCUGGUCUUCAUGUAGUUCCCCUAAUAAAUGUGGCCGGGGAUCACAAAAGAGAGUACGCUAUUGCAGUAAUCCGAGUCCCAUAAACAGUGGUCAGUUUUGUUUUGGGGAAAGUCUACAAACCAGUGAUUGUAGUGUUAUUUGUUCGCCAAUUCAUGGCUCGUGGACCUCCUGGAGCAGUUGGUCUACAUGUUCUCAUGAAUGCUCACAAGUGAGACGUCGUAUUUGUAGUAAUCCUCCGCCAAAAUAUGGUGGACAGCAUUGCUUUGGACACGAUUUUCUCAUCAAAAACUGCACCGGAGGAAUGUGCAGAAAAUUAGAUCUCUAUCAAUUGCAACGAAGAGAAAGAGAGGAGAGCGGCGCGACUGACAGACAACAAAUAUAUUUGAUGGCAAUUAUUAUUGCCACGACUUUUAUAUUCAUGUUUAUAGUAUUUGGAUUUAUUUUACUUAAACGGAGACAACUUAAGACUCAGAACUGGAACGAUACUGAAGAAGAAAGAGUUGGUGAAGACGGUCAGUCAAUACUUCUACUUCUUCAACAACAACAGAAUCAACAUCUGCAACAACAACAACAACAAGGCUAUCAACCACAACAACAGCCGGAUCUCAUACGCAAUGGUGGAUCCAAAAAAUGCCAAUUGAUUUCAAGACUAAAUGAUUGCAAUACAAACUUAUUAAAUCAUUUAGUGGUCAGAUGUGAUACCAUGAGUUCAGUUCCUCACACGUUAAGUGCCAACUCAGAGACGUUUAGUCAUCUGAAUAACUAUCAUCUAAAUGGAAGUCAAAUGUCAUUUAACCAAUUAAAUGGUUCGUCAUCUAUCUCUGGUACACCCAAAUUAAUGCCUACCUCAGCCAUGUUUAGGACGACCACAAACUCAACAACGACGGCCACAAUGACUACCACUACCAGUGAAGAGGAUGAGGACAGUAGUAGUGACGAGAGUGAACACGAUUACGCCGAACCCAUCUUCACUAACUGUCGGUCAUAUAAUUGA